AUGGGAAAGAUAUACACUGCUGGUAAUACGUUGAUUAAACCACACAAUAUCGACUAUAAAAUUCCAAUGAAUUCAAAUAAAAUAUCAACACUUUUCGAUCAAACAACGAAAGACGAUAUACAGAAAAUGAAUGACUUCAUUACUCAAGUGAUGCCUUCAAAAAUCAAAAUAUACUGUUCAAAAAUUAUAACCGUCUUUGAUAUAUCAAGUCUUAAUUUAGAGAACAUUGACUGUGUGAAAUUUAAUGCUAAAUCUUCCCAGCACAUUGACUACGUGUGUUCUAAUGAACAGAUAUUGCCCGAAAGGGUUGAAUGUGAAGACUGUACUUUAACUUCAAAACGUCCUAUUUUCAAUGUCAAAGAAGUAGAGUUAAGUCAACACUGGAAUGUGGUUGUCGAUUAUAAUAACGAUGAAAACGAUAACACAAUUAAUUUUUCAAAGAACGUCAAAGAGUUCCUCUUCCCAAACGUUGAACGUGUUGUCAUCAAAAAAGGAAUUUUAAAUGAAUUUGAUUUUUCUCAAUUAAAAUCAUUAAAAAGUUUUGAAGCAAAUGGAUGUAAACAGUGUGAAUUCAUUCUUCCUCAUAUCAAUGGCGAGAACUGCGGGUUUAUAAAUAACGCAAAAAUGAAAAUUAUAAUGUGUAUAGAGAGUCCACAGUGCUUUAAAAUAGAGAACUGUCGCAGUCUAAAAAUCUUAUUUUUGCAACGAAAAAGUUUAAAUGAAGAUCACAAGAAAAACAAGAAUGUGAGAUGUUCGCUUGAUAUUUUGAAUUGUAGGAAAGUCGUUUUACUCAACACAAAGUAUAACAAUAUCACAAUAACCAACUCAAACGUCGCGUUUAUGCCGAACACUGUUAUUAAUAAAUUGGAGGCAGUUCAUUCACAAAAUAUUAACAAAAGUGUGAUCCAUGUGAAAAAGUUAAGUAUUGAUAAUAACAACACAUUCGUUUUCGAUGAUAAAACAGUUGAAAGUUUGUCACUCGGAAAUUGUAAAAAUUUAAAGAUGUCUGUUGAACUUCCUUUAUGCAAAAAACGGAUCAUUUUUAUGAGUCAAAAUUGCGAUUUAAAUUUUGAAAACAGUCCAUUUGUGUCAAUUCAAGUGUGUCAGUCGAAGAACGUUAAGGUGUGUGGAGAGUUCAAAGCACUUAACGCUGCACAAAUUAUUAUAUCACCAAACUGUGAGCUUUUUUCUACCAAUGAAAAAACCAAGAACCGUUUAAAUGCGAUGAAAGUUUACUCAGACGUUGUGUUCACGUCAAACAAAUUGAAGCCGUUAAUUGGCAUCCCACUUGAGCCCAAAUUCAACGUAUUACAAAGUGAAAAGUUUGUUGGUGUGACGGACUUUAGUCAGUUUAUGGACGUACUUAAUUGUGAGCGAAUCACUUUAUUGAGGUGCACAAAUGUCGAAGAUAACCCAUUUGCUGUAACUACAAACAACUUAUUAAUAAGAAAUUGUCGAUUGGGUAUUAUAGUACUUAAGAAAGAGAAUAUGG